GGCGUGCCAUUGUGGCGCUGCGAGCGCUUUGUUUUCAUGGUUCUAUGGUUCUAUCGGCUAUCGCCGCAUCUUUUCCGAAAGUGGUAUUCCAAAUGCAACGAUGAUUUACGACGUGUUUAUUAAUUGCCUCGUUCUACCAGAACUAUGUGCAACUUACAGCACCCAGCCGAACCUAAGUGAUUCCUAAACCUUUCUACAACACUCCGUAACUUUUAUCGGUAUACACAAACGGCGUACCCUGCGAAGAGGUUCAGCAAAAAUGAAGAAGUACACCCAGCUCGCGCUAAUUGUCAUUUGCAUUGUCUCCGUGCUCGCGUUGCUGGUCUGCGAGCGACGCUACGCCAACAUGAAGGUUAUACUCGAAGUGAUGGACGUCUUCGAGACGAAGGACUCCGCUGUCAAAUGCGAGCGGCAGAUCGAAGCCCUGCGCAAGUCCCACUUCGGGUCGCUGUCAAGCACGACGCCUGCCAUCUUCCCUGUGUGGAAAGAAGUUCUCGGCGGCGCUUUUUCUGUUUAUUCUGCUUUCUGGGACUGCGAAAGCGAGCAGAACGCUUCGCGCGUGGUCAUAGCCUUCGAGAACUCGCUGCCGCCAGAGCUUAGGUGCUUUAUUUGGUUCGAUCACCGGCAUCACGUCGAAGCGGACAGCGUGGACGUUCAAGUUUUGGACGUGCAGGGAACUUCGUCGACUGCGGUGUUGGAGUGUCUCGUACGAAACGUGUCGCUCGAACCGCUCGGCGUCUCCUUCUCGACAGCCGAUCGAAGCGUCAUGUCGCAUAUCAUCUCUCUUCAACCCACCAGCGGGAACGCUACGUCCAACUUCAGUGUCUGUGUUCCGCCACUUGCUUCGUCGGUGACACCGCUGGCCCUGGCCGAGUUCAGCAUCUACCACCGCCACAUCGGAGUUGAGGACUUCGUGUUCUUCGAUGGGGACGCGUUACCGAACGCCAAGAGGCUCCUGGCUGCCGUUCCGGCGACCACUUACGCGACGCUGACGAUACUGCCCUGGAACGUGCCGGCCAAGUUCGUCGAUGUGGCCGAGUCCGCUCGUAUCGCCGACUGUCUGCUGCGCACGAAACGAAGAUCUCGGAAUACAGUCUUCCUCGAUACGAACCAGUUCGUGUCACUCUACCAGGCCAAAGACUUGAAUCAGCUGUCGCGCGGACUGAGCACGCUCGUGGACGCGGACGCCGUCGAUCAAGUGACGCUCUUUCACACGCAUUACUUCUGUGACGAAUUUUCGGACGACGUCGUGGCGAGCUCGCUGGACAUAAAGUUCGUGACGCAACGGAAGGUCCGCUACCACCGAGUGUCCGAAAAACACUCUGUGUUCCUGGUAAAGCCCGGUUUUUCGAAGGCGAUCGUCGCGGCUCUGCGAAAUCCGAACCACCCCGUGGAGGGCAACGUGCUUGUGCCCGAACGUUCGGCGGUCGUGAACGUUUACCGUGAAUGCCGCAGUCUUUUCCCCGUGAGGAACACGAGGGAAAACUACGUGCCCGAUAUGCAAAUGACUCGGUUUCGCGGCCUCCUUUACACGUCCAAGUUGUACCGCUAUUUUGAGAAACAACCUUAUGCCAGCUUAUUGCUGUGAAAGCCGCUUCCAACGGAUUAGAUUAGGAGACGGAGGUUGAAACUGCCGCAACAAGUGUGCAGCUUUGUGAGGUUGGAUCUUAUCGGAUGUGAAACUACUGCAACCACGGUGCUGCUUCGGGAGGCUGGAUUUGCCAAGUUUUGGGCGGCAUUUUCUUAAUCUGCAUAUUUACAAACUUUUGUUUUGCUCCAGCAGUGUGCAGUAAUGGCGUAUAAGUUUCGUUCCAAUUUAUGUUCCCGCUUUGUAUACCUUUUUAUUGUGGAUUUACAAAGACAAUGUAAACCGUAGAAUCCCGUGCAUUCGCCCAUUCAGCACCAAGCGCCCACUCCCAAAUUUGUAAGAUCUAAGAAAAUACGCACAGUCUGUUUACUAUAUGUAAACUUGAUGACAGAACAAGCACCUGUCCCCCAUUUUUUCGCGAUUAUCUCCAAAUUUUGAGUGAGCUCUUGCCCGGUAUUCUACGGUAUAUUGUAAGGCAGCAAAGGCAUCUGAGCUGACAUGUUUAUUAAGCUUAUACACAUUGGGAAUGGUUUCUGUGUUCAGCUUAUGUUAGUGUCGAUGGCCGAAUACUUUCAACGAUCUCAUAGCAUCAUACAUUUAGAAUGUCUUGUUCUCCCAUCUAUGUUGUGGCUUCCAUUUAUAAACAUUCAGGGUAUUUCAGUACACUAUGGGACACUGUUAGCAUGAAAAUGACAUUGGCAGUGUUCCACAUGUUACUCAAACGAGGCAUCCCAAUUUACCACUUAAGUUAGUGCACCAAAUGAGCCCUUUCCACCACACUCAGUUUCGAUGACAGCCUUUGCUCAUUUGUGCUAACUGUGGUGCUCCCUGUACAUACUUGGCAUCACAUGUUCACCAAAAUUAAGGUAUUCCAACUUCCAUGUUUCAUACCAAUGUUCUCUUCCCACAUGCUCUUUACACGAUGUAACAUGUGGCUAUAACACCCAUGUUCAAGUACCCUCAAAUAUAUUUUUUUACAAGCAAAAA